GAGCGGGCGCGCGGAGGAGCGGCGGUUUGCCGUCGGGGCCGGCUGGGCGAGAGGAAGACCGGCGCGUGGGUUGGGCGCCCGGCCGCCCUGAGGGGGAAAGACGCCCCGGCUUCGGAAGGGAGUGGAGGAAAAGGGUCGCCGCGCGUCUGAACGGAGCCGGGAGGCUGAGCGAGCGAGCAAGCGAGUGAAACUUGGUAACUGGGAUUGGAGUUAUCCCAUGCAUUAACCAUGUCCAGGAGGAAAUCGGAAAACAAAAGUCCUCCAGGCUUGUUGCCUGCAUCUCUUCACACGCAAAUAAAGAUGGAUAACUUCCACAAUUUUUAUGAAGUUGAGCCCAGAGAGUUGGGAAGAGGAAAAUUUGCUGUGGUUAGAAAAUGUAUUACAAAAUCUACUGGCCAGGAAUUUGCCGCUAAGUUUCUGAAGAAGAGGAGACGAGGCCAAGACUGCAAAGCAGAAAUUCUUCAUGAAAUUGCUGUCCUAGAACUAAUGAAGUCAAGUGAUCGCGUAGUAAAUCUCCAUGAAGUCUAUGAAACAACAAAUGAAUUCAUCUUAGUGCUGGAAUAUGCUGCUGGAGGAGAAAUUUUUAACUUAUGUCUCCCUGACCUAGAAGAAACUAUAUAUGAAACUGAUAUAAUUAGGCUUAUACGACAAAUUCUUGAAGGUGUUUGUCACCUGCACCAGAACAAUAUUGUGCAUCUUGAUUUAAAGCCCCAGAAUAUUUUGUUGAGUAGUAUAUGUCCACUUGGUGAUAUAAAAAUAGUUGAUUUUGGUAUUUCUCGGAAGAUUGGCAAUUGCACUGAACUUUGCGAAAUUAUUGGAACGCCUGAAUACCAAGCACCAGAAAUCUUAAAUUAUGAUCCUAUUACUAUGGCGACUGAUCUAUGGAGUGUAGGCGUAAUCGCAUACAUGCUGCUUACGCACGAAUCUCCUUUUGUGGGAGCAGAUAUUCAAGAAACAUACCUCAAUAUUUCUCAAGUGAAUGUCGAUUAUUCAGAAGACACUUUCGCGUCAGUCUCACUGUUGGCCAAAGACUUCAUUCAGAAGCUGCUUGUUAAAAAUCCUGAAGAGCGACCAACAGCAGAGGCCUGUCUAUCUCACCCUUGGCUACAGCAAGGAAACUUCUUAUUGUUCAGCCCUGAAGAAAGCCCCUGUUCUUCUCCAACACACGAUCAUAUGAAUAAGUGCAUAGAGGAGAGAAAUAACAACAGGCCACCGUGUAACGCGUCGUGCAGUGGGCGAAAGGAUAAAGAGAAUAUCCCAGACGAUAGCAGUACUGUCUCCAAAAGGUUUCGCUUUGAUGAUUCUUUGCAGUAUCCUCAAGAAUUCACAACAGACUUUGUAUGUUAACAAAUGCACUCCUGCAGGUUGUUUGGACUGAAUUUAGAGUUCUGAUCUCUUCUGGUGGUCAUGGCUUGCAAUGCCUGUAUUGUGAUUAUACUGGAAAUGCACUUUCAGUGGCUUAAUUGUGUUGGCCCUUGGCUGGACUGCCAUUGCUGGCAGUGAGUUUGUGUCCUGGAGACUGCAGUCUUGGCACCUGAAGUGGCUUGUCUUUGGAGUCAAAGCAGGUAACAGUAUAUUUGCACUUCUGACAUUUUAGUCCAAAAAGUGGCUUUUGGUGUGUUGAAAAACAAAGUUGGCAAUCUGAGAAAAGUGUUGUUUUGAAUGUUUUCAAAGCCUGGUUAAACACAUCAUAACCAUGUUUUUAAGCCAAAGAGUGACUUAACAAUGCAUAUACGUAUUAUAUUGUAUCUAAAGUUAAAAAGUUGACAAAGGAGGACCUCUCUCUUCCUCUGUUGAAGAAUUCAGACCUGUGGCUUACAGUGCAGAGUUACCCCCUUUGAGCCCAUCGCCUUCAAUGGACUUAGAAGGGUGUAACUCUGCUUAGGAUAACAAUGUUGAUGUAUUACUGCUGUGUACUGAUGAAGUACUUUGAACCUGUAUUUCCACUCACUGGUGCUCAAGUUGCUUGGAUGGGUUUCUUGAACUAUGGCCAAGUCCUAUGCGUAUUUAGUCCGCAGCGAGCUCCCUGAGGUUCCGUGGGUACACUUAGUCCCAAGUAAGUGUACUUAGCAGCGAAGCCUUAGAUCAUUUUCACGAGAGAGGCUUAAACCGUUUAUUGCAUCCCAGUGCAGAUGUAAUGCUCAUACGGUCCAGAACGUGCAUUUGACUUAGGAGUCUUCCACUUUCUCUUCUGCAUUAAUAACAUUCACAAUCUCCCCCAUAGCAUGUUGAAGGCUGAAAGGCACUUCUAAUCUGAAAAUGCCUUUAACUGUUCUCUUAAAAACAGGUUGGCUAUAUUGCAAGGUUUAAAUCUGAAGACCUUCAUUUUUGUGUUCAUUUCAACAAGCAUAGUUUCAGUAUGAGAGAGCUCCCUCAAGUGUGCAGUAGGUAAAUGCCGUCUUCUCUUCAUCUGGUUGGCCAUAAAACGCCCCAUUAUCUCACCUUAUGCAAGAGACAUGGUAGCACCAGUGUGUGUGUGGCUGCUUAUUCAACAGCACUAGUGAGGUUAAUAGAAUGGUUUAUAAGAGAAAACUAAAUGAACGCUGUUGUACUAAAUGUUAUAACUCAGUAGAAGGCCAGUCCUCAAAUGUGAUGCAGAAUGCUUAGCACAGGGUGUGUCGUUUACUUGUCAACCAAGUUUCCUGAACCAUGAUAAUUCCAGAGGACUGGCUGUGCUAGUCUGUUGGAGCAAAAAUAAGCAGGAGUCUCGUAGCACUUGGUUUACUCCAGCACAAGCUUUCAUGGACUAGAGCCACUUCGUUAGAUCAUCUAGGGGGUUCUCGUAAGUAUAUAAAUAUAUGAUCGUUAAAAAAAGACAAACAGCAAGGUGAAAAAUAAUUAGGUAAAAUGCAAAUAUAUCAAGAAAGUAUGGAGAGCAUUCACAGUAGCAAUAAUUGGGCCUUUCUCUAGUUUUCUUAAGCUCGUUGACACCUGUAAUGGUUGAAGAGUCUCAAGUUUCACUAAGGUGUUAACCAAGUCCUUGUUUAGUCCUUAUGUAAGGGAGGGAGGUAAGAAUUGUGUCAAACCUCUUGUUGAAUUCUAAUUCAACAAGUUUUACUCUGGAGUCUUCCUUCUGUAAUUCUUUUACUGGAGAAUUGUGACUUUUAGGUCAGCAGCAAAAGAUUUGAUGUUCUUGGUGCCCUCAAGUUUGAACAAGGAUUUGAGAUUCUGUAAUCGUUAUAGGUGUUAACUUUGUUAGUCCAAGCUGAGCCAAUUGCAGCGGUGCUAAAUGUUCUCUGUACUUAAUUAUGUUUGAGUUAUUUGUGUUUCUUGAAUUUCAUGGCCCUUUGAGGAUGCUGUUUACAAUAUUUUCGCUUAAACUUGUUUGUGUACGACUUCCUGGUGAAGACUCACUAUACUCACCUGACAAAAUGGGGUAUAGUCUGUGAAAGCUUGUGCUGGAAUAAAAUCUUGUUAGUCCGGUGCCACAAGACUCCUGUUUAUUCGUAGAGGAACCAUGGUUAGGUUAGCAGUGAGGACAGAAGCACUAGCGCAAACAUUGAGGGCCAUAUUCCAACCCACAUUGAGAAAUUCACUGCAGGGAACCAGUAUUAAUCUUCUGUCAGUUAAAAUAAGGGAAGUGGGGUCCAUAAAUUAUAACAUCUUAAUUUGAUUUUGAAAAGAACUAGUUUUAUACAAUUUAAUAAGACAAUCAUAUUGUAUAAAUACAUUGUUAACAUGGGAAAAAUAAUCCAGUGGUUAUACCAGCACUUUAUAAAACAGAAUACAGUAGAAUACAUUUGUUUCCAUCAUGGGUUUUUUAAUGUUUACAUUUCUUAUUCCUUUCUCCUAGUCUUAAAACGUUGAUAAAUUUUGAAUAAGUUAAACUUUGCCUUUUGUCGAUACAGCUUUUCAAUUUGUGAACAGUUGUACAUGUAUAUAAAAUUCAGGCUAUAACUUGAAUCUGACAAUUCUAAAGUUCAAAAUUGUAUGAAUAUCUCUAAUUUUAUAAGGUUUCUUAUUGUUUAUGCCAUGUUUGUAUAUAAUUUUAUUGCAAUUAUAAUUGUUACCUUA